GCCUCUCCACUCCAAUCCACAGGUCACUGUUCUUUCUCCCCCACAUAGUUAGGUUUUCCUUCCCUUUCCCUCUCUAGAGCUUUUUUCUCUCUCUUCAAUCCCUGUUACAGAGGAAUAUUCUCUCUCUAGAGUAUCGCUGAUUAUUUUUUCAUCUCCGUGAGAGUUCCCUCUCUCUGUAAACGCUUCUUUCUUUAGAAGAAGAACUCGCUCUCUCUCUAAACCCUAGAAACUGAAAAUCUCUCUCUAUCUCCUUCUAUUCAAUCUCUCUCUCUCUAUCUCUGUUUACGCUGUGUUGAAUCCCGAAGAGUAGGAUUCAUUCACGGGUUUUUUGUGUUAUUUUGAUCUGGAAAAAUGCUUCUUAGAGUUCCUGCUUUUGUUGGGGCAAACCCAAGAACCGAGAUUAGUGAGAGGAGGGGGUUUCUUGCUUCUCCUACUUUGAAGAGGGGGGGUUUUGUAUGUAUGGGGAAGGAAAGCAACAGUCGCCCUUUGACUGGUGUUGUUUUUGAGCCCUUUGAGGAGGUUCAGAAGGAAUUGCUAACUCUCGCCAGCACCCCGCAAACUUCCCUUGCGCGCCAGAAGUAUGCAGAUAACUCUGAGGCCGCCAUUAAUGAGCAGAUUAAUGUGGAGUACAAUGUUUCUUAUGUGUACCAUGCCAUGUUUGCCUACUUCGAUCGUGACAACGUCGCCCUCAAGGGUCUCGCAAAGUAUUUCAAGGAAGCAAGUGAGGAAGAGCGGCAACACGCUGAGAAACUAAUGGAAUAUCAGAACAAGAGAGGAGGAAAGGUGAAGUUACAGUCGAUACUGAUGCCAGUGACUGAGUUUGAUCACCCAGAGAAGGGUGACGCCUUGUAUGCUAUGGAGCUUGCCCUGUCUUUGGAGAAGCUAACUAAUGAGAAAUUACUCGCCUUACACAAGGCAGCUGAGAAGAGUAAUGACCCGCAAAUGCUUGAUUUUAUUGAGAGUGAAUACCUUGCUGAACAGGUUGAUUCAAUCAAGCAGAUCUCGGAGUAUGUCGCACAGCUCCGUAGGAUCGGCAAGGGCCAUGGGGUGUGGCACUUUGAUCAGAUGCUUCUCAAUGGAGCGGCAGCCAAUGGUUUGGCUGCUUGAGGAUGGAUCUCUCAUGGGUGACUACUCUUGAGGACGAAAUAAAGGGGGGGGAUAGAAUGAAGGAUGGUUUGCAUAUUCAUGAGGAGUUUUUUUUCGAGUUGUUUGUAGUUGUAGUGGAGUAAGAGGUUGAGAAUUGACGAGAACAUAUACCCUUACCUUUUACUGUUUUCUCUUUUGGCUUUUUGUUUAUGUGUCUCUCAUGUUGUAAGGUCCCCAGUCCCCAUAUUUUAAUGAGCAUCGACCUUUGCUUCUAUUUCGAUA